AAGUGUAACCAUGGCGGUCGGCAAAAAUAAGGGUGUCUCGAAAGGAGGCAAGAAAGGUUCGAAAAAGAAGGUCGUGGACCCGUUCACGCGCAAGGAUUGGUACGAUGUGAAAGCACCGAACAUGUUUAAGAACCGCCAGGUUGGCAAAACCCUCGUUAACCGUACCCAGGGUACGCGCAUCGCAUCCGACGGGCUGAAGGGCCGCGUGUUUGAGGUGUCGCUGGCCGACUUGCAGAACGAGCCCGACGCAGAGAGAUCUUUCCGCAAGUUCAAGCUGAUUGCCGAGAGCGUGAACGGUCGUGAUGUGCUUACCAAUUUCCACGGUAUGGACCUGACGACCGACAAGUUGCGAUCCAUGGUCAAGAAAUGGCAAACCUUGAUUGAGUGUUCGGUCGAUGUGAAGACCACCGAUGGCUAUAUGCUGCGCGUGUUCUGCAUCGGCUUCACCAUCAAGGACUCGGUUUCGCAGCGCAAAACCUGCUACGCCCAGCAUUCGCAAAUCAAGAACAUCCGCCAGCGAAUGACCACUAUCAUCAAGCGUGAGAUCAUCAACUCGGAUCUGAAGGGCGUCGUGGAGAAGCUGCUCCCGGACUCGAUUGCCAAGGAUAUCGAGAAGGCAUGCCAGGUCGUGUACCCGUUGCACGAUGUUUACAUUCGUAAGGUUAAGGUACUGAAGAAGCCACGAUUCGACCUGUCCAGCUUGCUUGAGCUGCACGGCGACGGUGGUGGCAAGGCUGCCGAAGUGUCGACCGGAGCUGCCGAAGGUGGCGUCGUCGUCGACCGUCCGGAAGGCUACGAACCACCGGUACAGGAAUCCGUCUAAAACCUUCUUCAACGUGGUUGUAAGGCGACGAGUCGGUCACAGUUCAGUGUGCCGGCUCACCUUUCGAUUCUUUUCCGUUUUCGGGUGGUGUGUCCGGCCUGUAGAAGUAAAUGUAUGAGGAGCGAUUCGAGUAUGGUUGGUGUCGAUCGGAAUCGAAGCACUGUGUUGAGGGCAGGCAAAAGAAAAAUUGAAAGCAAAUACAACCGACGGGGUGUUGUGUACGGAAGAAAA